UUGAUUGUUGUUAAUGGUAGUGAUUGUUUCAUGACCCUCCUAGGGAACUCAGGCCGGCCUGUGGCAGCCACGAAGUAUGGUGUCCUCCAGGGAAAGCAGACCCACGUGGGGAAAACAAUCGUCAACAUUUACCUGGGGGUUCCUUUUGCCAAACCCCCUUUGGGCAACCUGAGAUUUGCUCCACCAGAGCCUCCUGAAUCUUGGGACAACUUAAGAAAUGCAGCCACCUUCCCUCCUGCGUGCCUCCAACCAUCCUGGGGCCAAAUCACGAACUUGUACUUUUCAAACCAAAAACCCGGCGUCCUUCUGCAAUUCCGGGAAGAUUGCCUGUAUCUGAACAUAUACACACCAGCCAGUGCCCAGAAGGGAGGUCUUCGGUUACCGGUGAUGGUUUGGUUUCCUGGUGGUGCCUUCCUGGUGGGAUCAGCUUCCACCUAUGAUGGCUCUGUGCUAUCUGCCCUUGAAGAUGUGGUGGUGGUUUCCAUCCAGCAUCGACUUGGCAUACUGGGCUUCCUCAGCACUGGAGAUACCCAUGCCCGAGGGAACUGGGCACUACUGGACCAGUUAGCAGCUCUACGUUGGGUGCAAGAGAAUAUCGCAGUUUUUGGCGGGGACCCCAGCUCUGUGACCCUGUUUGGCCAGUCCUCAGGAGCCAUAUCUAUUUCAGGGCUGAUUCUGUCUCCUUUGUCCAAGGGCCUCUUCCACCGGGCCAUCUCUCAAAGUGGAACAGCCCUCAUGAAGAUCUUCAUCUCUUAUGAGCCCCUGAAGAUUGCCAAGAAAAUUGCUAAAGUGGCCAAAUGUGAAACCAACAGUACCCAGGCCCUGGUGCAAUGCCUCAGAUCAAAGACAGAGAAGGAGAUCCUGAGGGUGACUAAUGAGAUGAAGUUCUUCCAACUGCACCCCAACAGUAAACCUAUGGAGAUCAUCUGGUGUGUACCCGCCGUGGUGGAUAACUUCGUUUUCACUGACAGCCCUGAAGUGCUUCUGGCUCAAGGGAAUUUCCAACAGAUCCCCUACCUCCUGGGUGUGAACAGACUCGAAUUCAACUGGCUUCUCCCUUAUAUCAUGAAGGUUCCACUCAACCCUCAGAUAAUGACUAGAUCCAGAGUCAUCGGACUGCUAUCAGAGUUCUGCUUGAUUCUGAACGUCACCAAGAACCAAAUUCCUCAGUUGUUGAAUAAGUAUGUAGGAGAUUUUAAGGAGUACCAAGGAACCUUUGAGCAACAAAUUAUGACUCGAAACAAUAUCCUGGACAUAGCUGGAGAUGCAACUUUUGUGACAGCAGCUAUUCAGACAGCACGUCAUCACAGAGAUGCUGGUCUUCCUGUCUACUUUUAUGAGUUCCCACAUCAUAUCAACUCCAGGAUCCUUGUCAAACCCCGAAGUGAUGUGGCUGACCAUGGUGAUGAGAUUGGCUUUAUUCUUGGGACUCAUCUCUCCAGAGUAUAUGCUACAGAAAUGGAGAAGCAACUCAGCAGAGACAUGAUGAAAUACUGGACCAAUUUUGCUCGCACAGGGGACCCCAACGGUCAUGACCUGAUGGAAUGGCCACUCUAUGGGAAGGAAGAGUUGUACCUGGUGCUGGACACAGAACGGAGGGUAGGAAUAAAAUUGAAGGAGAAAGAAGUGGCUUUUUGGACCAGGAUCCAAACCCAGAAUCAAACUCAAGAUCAGCAUGGAAAGAAGGCUUGA